AUGACGAAAAAUAAUCUCGCCGUACACCUCAAAUGGCUACUGAAACAAGGCCCGUCCCUGUACCCCACGUUGUCCGCCGAUAACCCUCCAAUUGAUCCCGGAAGUCGCGUCUCUCAACAACCCACUUCGCCAUCCGACGAAACCGAACUUCUAGAUCAACUUCUCGAGGAUGCCGAGGACGUGAAAGAUGAGAACAUGGCACGACUCAUGCUCGCGCCCUCAUCCGAGAGCAAACCUCGAAUGCUCAGUCGAGGCGAUACACGGCCGCCGAGUUCACCCACCAUCAAGAAACCCUCUUCAUCGAGAAGUGUAGUUCAAGAAUCAUUCCUUGAGCCGCCCCAAUCAUCCUUGAAGAGCACGCGACCAAAAGCCACUCCAAUCCGAUCGAAUCGCAAACUCGCAACGUGCCCAUUCGAUGAAAUCGAGUCCAUUGAUUUGACUGGAGACCCUGAUCGAUUUCUACCUACGUCUUCAAACCUCGACUUGGCAGGACCACGACGCCUGUGGGCUGAGGACUCUACAUCGCGCCAAACACCGGUUGAAAAACGAGGAAAGAAACGGAAAAGCGACGAGUAUACUUCAGAUCUUCUGUCGCCCUCCAAGCAUACGAAUAAAUUCCGAUCGCCUCUAAAAUCAAGUGGCUCAUCCACCUCAAAAGACGUCAUACCGGAGAUACCAAGUCGAGUCAGCCGAGGAGACCGCGCAAACGGAGUGAAGCAUGGCAAACUUAGUUCGCCAGUCCUCCCACGAAGCAGCCGGAAACGAGAAAUCGCAAUCGCGGACUCGGAUGAAGAGGAUCCAUUUGGUGAUAGUUGGUUCCAUGAUGACGACAUCAUCAUUGAUGCCAACACAGGACUGUAUCCAAAGCUCCCCGCAGUGAGCCCCUCGGAUGAUGGAAAUGAUGUACCCGAGCCGAUUGUUGGACAGCAGUCUCAGUCAGUCCUUAGCAACAGGCCACUAUCACCUGCGCGCAAGAAUAAGGGUUCCAAAGAAAAGCCACCAAAACCCCAGCCGCCAUCGUCAGGUCCAACGGUGUCGGUGCCAAGUUCACAAGCUAAGGACGAGAACAUCUUCAAGUUCACAGCACUUCCUUCGGAAGUCUUCGAGAAGGCAAUUCUGCGAUUACAGCAGACCCUCCAGAAGAAUGCCGAGAUUGUUUACGAACAGGCAAUGGCGGGUCGACCAGCGCCAGAAUUGAUUGCCGCAAACAAAGGCCUUGUCUCCCAGAUUCAGGCAAUUGAGUCUUUGCAAAGGCAGAAACACUCACAUAGUGACUGCUUAGCUCGCAAGGAAAACCUCAAGCGGGAUGUCAUGCGUGUCAUUUCCCAGGGCUUGGAUCCAACAACUCUUCCCGAGCUUUCACAGAGCCGAGUAGUAGAGGCAGAGCUGGAGAAGGUAGAGUCCAAGAUCCGCGAACUCAUCCCCCGGGCCAAGAUAUUCGAUUUUGCCGCAGAGCUUGGUGAAGAUCUCCAAGAUGCGCCAGCUCACAUCUCGCGUACCAGGGAGCAGUCUGAACGGGUGACGUCCAGAGAGCCACCGCCCGUGUAUCAGAGACCCAAACAGUCGGUUGCAAGUCCCCGGAAAGAAAUACCCUUUGUCUCGCGGAAUAUGGCUUCACCUACGCUAGACUUCGACGAAUUUGAUUGGAGUGACAGCGAUGAUGAGAUGCUAGAAGUGGCUGGCAGUUUUGACAACGAACCGCAGGUGCCUGUGCGCGAGCCCACACAGACCCGCAAAGUAUUUGCAGAGACGUCUGGAAACAGUUCUCGCAUGCCUCCUCCAAAAAAAUCACCUGGCCGCAGCAAUUUCUGGUCUAAUCAUCCCUGGUCUCAGGAGGUGAAAACGGUCCUGAAGGAGAGAUUUCAUCUGCGUGGCUUCCGUCCAAAUCAAUUAGAAGCCAUUGACGAAACUCUUGCCGGCAAGGAUACUUUCGUCCUGAUGCCAACUGGUGGAGGCAAAUCUUUGUGUUAUCAGCUUCCCUCCAUUGUGACGGGUGGCCGUACACAUGGUGUGACAAUUGUAGUCUCUCCACUUUUGAGUUUGAUGGAAGAUCAGGUGGAUCAUCUUCGAAAGUUGAACAUCAAGGCCUUCUUGAUGAAUGGCGAGUCAGACAAGACUGAGCGGUCGUGGAUUCUUGGUCAGUUGUCUAAUGGUGAUGCCGAAGGCUUGGAACUGUUGUACAUCACACCUGAGAUGAUCAGCAAGAACCAAACAUUGGUCAGAGCUCUUGAGAAUCUUCACCGCCGGGGCAAGCUGGCACGACUGGUUAUUGACGAGGCACACUGUGUCAGCCAGUGGGGCCAUGACUUCCGACCUGAUUACAAGGAAUUGGGCGAAGUCCGAGCCAAGUUGCCUGGUGUCCCUGUCAUGGCUCUGACUGCUACAGCAACUGAGAAUGUCAAGGUUGAUGUGAUCCACAAUCUCAAGAUGACCGGAUGCGAGGUAUUCUUGCAGUCUUUCAACCGGCCAAACUUGACCUAUGAGGUGCGGCCUAAAGGGAAGAACAAUGAAGUCCUUGCCAGUAUUGCCGAGACGAUUAAAAAAUCCUACAAGAAUCAGUGUGGAAUUGUGUAUUGCCUGUCGCGAAAGACAUGUGAGAAAGUUGCAGAGGACCUUCGCGAUACGUACAGACUCAGGGCCGCGCAUUACCAUGCUGGCAUGAAAUCUGAUGACAAAACAAAGGUGCAGAAGGAGUGGCAGGCGGGGAAAUGGCAUAUUAUUGUUGCCACCAUUGCCUUUGGAAUGGGUAUCGACAAGCCUGAUGUACGUUUUGUCAUGCACCACAGCAUUCCCAAGAGUCUGGAAGGUUACUAUCAGGAGACUGGACGUGCUGGUCGAGACGGUAAACGCUCUGGCUGCUACCUGUAUUACGGGUACAAGGACGCUGCCACACUCAAACGCAUGAUCGAUGAUGGCGAUGGUAGCUACGAGCAGAAAGUUCGGCAAAAACACAUGCUCCGCAAUGUCGUCCAAUUCUGUGAGAAUCGCAGUGAUUGCAGACGUGUGCAAGUUCUCGCAUAUUUCAACGAAUACUUCCGCCGUGAAGACUGUGGCAAUUCUUGUGAUAACUGCAAGUCUGAUUUGGUGUUCGAGGUUCACGACUUCUCUCAGCAUGCUGCUUGGAUCAUCAACAUCGUUCGGUGGUUCCAGAAUCAAACCAAUGAGAAAGGCGACAAGGGGGAGAAAGUAACUGUACUCUACUGUGUGGAUAUACUACGCGGCGACUUGAAAAGGGCCAAAUCUCCCUCACACAAGACUCUUCCAUGGUACGGAAAGGGGUCUGAUCUGGAUCGAGGUGAAGCAGAGCGACUCUUCUACCGUCUCCUAGGAGAGGAUGCCCUAGCAGAGGAUAAUGUCAUCAACGGGAAGGACUUCGCUGUUCAAUACCUCAAACUUGGCCGGCGUGCAACGGAGUUUGAAACCGGCCAGCGCCAGUUGAAUCUGCAAGUGCGCGUGUCUCCCAAUGGAAAAGGCAAGGCAGCGACAAAACCAACGCAGAAGUCAAAAUCCGGCACCCAGAGUUAUCCUCAAUCCACAAUGGUGUCUUCCCCUAUCCAAUCCGCCCAUGAUCGCCGCCAAGCACGAUCUCAACAGCGAAGCAAACGUGUCAAUGACCCUUCGGCCGAUGACGAGAGUGAUGGCUUUGAGCCCCUCCGAGUCGCAGGCAGGUCGCGGAAUGAGAAUGGCCAUGCAGUGGGGCCUCCCAUCACAAUCGAUCAGAAGAUGGAACGGCUGGAUCAUCUCCAUCGUGCCGUUGUGGAGGACUUUGAGGUAACGGCCAAGAGAUAUUUGCAAGAGAUUGUUGUGGAGAAGGGCCUCCGAUCUCAGCCCUUCCCUGACCAUAUUUUGCGUGAUAUGGCCAUCACUUUCCCCAAGAACAUCUCGGAGCUUUCUGCUAUUCCCGGAAUUGAUUCUGAUAAAGUGAAACGAUAUGGCCGUCAAAUUUUGAGGCUGGUUGACAAUGCCCGGCGCCGCUACCACGAAUUGAAGGAUGAGGCAGAGAGCAACGGCAUUGUUCCAGACCCCAAUCAUCACAAUGUCAUCAACCUCAGCAGCAGCGAUGAGUACAGUGACGAUGAUCUCUUCGUGGACCAAAACACGACUCUUGACCUGGACUAUCCAAUGGAAAACCCUCCCGACAACAUCACCAGCCGCUAUUUCCCUCCCCCGCCAUCACCUGGCUUUGAUCCGGGUGAUGAUUUCGAGCGCGGUCCGGCAGCGUCGAGCUCAAAGGGUGGCAAGCGCGCAUACACGAAGCGACCCCGACGAAAGAAUGGUGGCUCCACAGGCGGCACCUGGAAAGGGAAGGGAGCCCGAUCCAGAGCCAAGUCCAGUGGUGAUCGUGCCCCUAGUAGGUCCUCGGCUGCACCUCGAAAAAACGCCACUAAAGCCUCCAAAUCUACGAUUGGAAUGAUGCCUAUUUGA